AACCCGUGCUGACCCGUGCAGUUGAUCCAUUUAAUAGUGUUUGGAGUUUUGCGUAAAUUACUUGGUUUGGAACUAAGAAUUUAAGAUAAUUCUCGGAUGGUCUGUUAUCUCAAAUUGAGUAGACAGUCAUUAUUGUGCUCUUCUUACGUAGAACAUGUAUACUGUAUCAAAAGGGCCUAGCAAAAUUGUCGCAAAGACACGAAGAGGAAUCAGUCAGAAUCUUGAGAGGCUGGAAACUUUGCGCGAUUUAACAAGAAAGGCAGAUCCUGACGAUGACCACGAGACCACCCGCCAUGUGCCAAAGCCAGUCUUUCACAUGAAUGGAAAAUCUAAACUCAAUUCACAUAGGCAUCAAAUGCAAGAAGUUAUUACACCUCAACAUGAAGAGCUUAUUAAAUUUGUUUAUGAAUCGUGGAAUCAGGUGAAUACAAGGCAAAGAAGUGAAUCUUCUGAUGGUUCAGAUUGUUCAGAACCUUUCAGCCCUAAUUCUAUAGUAUAUUAUAAUGAUGGUGAACCAAAUGACAGUCUUCAAGACUUUAAACCGUUUGAUUUGGAAUCUUGGUGGGGCAAACGAUUAUUUAACAACAUUACAAAGUCACUUUGAGAAAAAAGGAAACUUCUAAAGAUAAAUCUUGAAGUAGUACAGA